AUGGGCCCUUCGUUGACGCUGUGGAGGUUUCUGCUGUUGAAGGUGCUCACGCUACUCUCUCACCACUCUCUCCUGCGCGGUCAAAGCAUUCGCGAUAUCACGCUCCCCGACAUAUUCCUGUACCGAGUUGCGAGCACCUCGUCAGUGAACCCGGAGAACCAGCCGGUCGUCAUGGUCAUCUCUGCGCAGAACUCGAAGACGUCCAAGGAUGCGCGUCUGCAGCAGAGCUACGCUGCGCGGCACCUCGAAGCGGAGUUGUGUGCUGUCGGUGAGACGGGCUUGUGGUUGCACUUCAUCCUCGACCAGAUCGGCCAGUUUCACGGCGUCCGCCUCAUUCCGCAGGUGGACACCAGCACACGCGCAAGCUGGUACAAGAAGCACCUCUUCUUCGCCAAAAACGACACCGACCAAGGGGAGCUCUCCGCGGCAAGCCAACAACGCUGGACGCGGCAGUUGUGGGACAAGAACGGGGUGUUCUGCAAGAGGAACGUGCACGCCGCUCGAGCCGGAGGGGCACAGGAGCUGGCCAUCGACGGCACGCCGCUCGCCGAGAUCGCGGAGCUGGGUCACUGGGCGCUCGACAAGAUGACGCGAGCGUACAUCACCGCCAUUCCGGUGGGGGUGGUGAUGAAGAGGGCCGGUUACUCUGGUUACAAGCAGGACUACUUCUUGGGUCGGAGCAGGGUGCCGCCCUCCGAGAAGCUCCUAAAGCUCCUCGCCGAGCACAUCUUCGCCAGCGACGACGACAUGCUGAAGACGGCGGAAGGGAAGGCUGCCAAUGGGUCCGACGCCGACAAAGCCGCGGUGCACUUCUGGCGCACACUCCAGAUGCUGCGCCGCAUCGUCGCCGAGGACCUAGCGGUGAAGCUGGUCCGCACACCAUGGCACCCGUACGUCCAAGGCUCCAUGCUCUGCCGGAUCCCCCUCUUCCAUCACUGGGCGAAACGGGUCGAGAGGGUCGACACCGAGACGAUCAACAAGCGUUGGGACCCGACCCAAAUUCAGGCAGAGGAAGGUGAUCGAGUGCGCCGCGAACGAGAAGUUGACUUCCAGGAGGAGCUCGAGAAGCGCGACGACACCAUCGCGUCGCUCACCGCCGAGAUAACCCAUCUCACCGAGGCACUCCGUGUGUCAGAAGCACGGAGAGUGCCGGAGGCCCCGCCAUCGGCUCCCGCGCAAGCUCCCAGCGAGGGUGGCUCGGCGGAUUCGGCCAACAUGGGAGCGGGAGCCGACAGAGGGGACGAGAAACCCCCGCCGCCCCCACAGACGGACAAGGAGGCUAGUUACGAGCUCAACGUGGUACAACCGUGGCGGGAGGCCAAGACCGUGAGGGACGCCUGGCACCUCUGGAACUCCGCAACCUCCAAUGACACCCGUCGGCUUUGCGACAGAUUCGCCGAGCCGGGCUUCGUCGACCGCCACACCCUCCUGUCAGGCGCGACGCAGGGUGCACUCAACAUGAGGGUGCGCCGCAUGCUGAGGGUCAUGGAUGCGGUGCGCCAGCUACGCGCAAGCGACGGCGACGCCGACACCGAGGCCGUGGUCGAUGCACUUCACAGGAUCGCGACACCGGGCAUUGGGACCUUCGCCGAUGCCCUCACGGUGCUCAAACCGGGUACGGCACCGAUGUUGUCCAAGGAGCCUGGCAUGGGAGUCAAGGGGCUGGGCCCCAAGAUGCCGAAGACCAAGGCCGACCUGGCGAGGCCGACCGCACCUGCCAUGUCGACAGCACUGGCCAAGCCGACCGCACCGGUGCACCGUCCUCCGACCAAGCGCAAGAAGUCGGCAUGA